UGCUGUUCUUGCUUGGUGUGUGUGGACUGUGGAUGUCCGUGUACCUGAUUGAAGCCCGCACAGGGGUGGUAACACCAUGGGGCUCUUCGCUGUCAGUGUCGGCCCCUUUCAGAACCGAGUCCGGACUGUCCGGACAUGGAGUCGACUUUUUGCAUCCAUUUCAGCAACUUGUCGUUAUGGCGGGGCUCUCGCUCUGAAGACAUCACUGAUCCAGAGGAAAUGUGCAGGACUGCACCAAAACAGAUGUCCUUUUAUUCAUUUACUCAACUCAGCCAAACCGCCCAGAGGGUUUGAAAAGUUCUUCCCAAAAAGUGCAGGGACCACGGGUGCCGACAAAUCCGCUGACAAUGCAAAAAACAAGGAACUUUUUGGUAAACAACAAGGGGAGAUGGACAGCAAGGGCAAUGAAGGUCAAAGAGGAAGAAAAAAGGAGGAAGAACCAGAUUGGUGGGCACGUUUUCAGGAUGAUUUUCCAUUGGAUGAAAAAACACUAAGGAACCUUGCAAUUGGCGCAGCUGGCAUGGCUUCUGCAUUUCUCUACUUUUACUUUCGGGAGACUGGCAUCCAGAUCUCCUGGAAAGACUUUGUGCACCAGUACUUGAGCAGAGGUUUGGUUGAUCACCUGGAAGUUGUCAAUAAACAAUAUGUCAAAGUCAUUCCAGCGCAUGGUGUGAACAAAUCUGAUGUGAGCUAUUUAUGGUUCAACAUUGGUAGCGUGGACUCAUUUGAGAAUAACCUGGAAGCAGCACAGCAGGAACUAGGUUUGGACUCCAGCUUCAGAGUACCCGUCUUCUACACCAGUGAGAGUGAUGGGACGCUGUUUAAUAGCGUUUUCCCAACCUUACUUCUGGUUGGCUAUUUCAUAGCGACUCGGCUGGGCCCGAUGGUGGGGUCCCGCAGCGGAAGAGGGCGAGCAAACCCCUUCAAAAUGAGUCAGUCCAAAGCCAAGAUAAUCAAAAACGACAUUGGUGUGGGAUUUAAGGAUGUUGCAGGCUGUGAGGAAGCCAAACUAGAGAUUUUGGAGUUUGUCAACUUCCUAAAAAACCCUCGACAGUACCAGGAGCUCGGAGCCAAGAUCCCAAAGGGUGCAAUAUUGUCGGGUCCACCUGGAACAGGAAAGACCUUGCUAGCUAAGGCCACUGCAGGAGAAGCUAAUGUUCCUUUUAUCACUGUCAGCGGCUCAGAGUUCCAGGAAAUGUUCGUUGGCGUGGGCUCUGCAAGGAUGCGGGAUAUGUUUGCCAUGGCACGUAAAAACGCCCCCUGCAUCCUCUUCAUUGAUGAGAUUGAUGCAGUGGGCAGAAAGCGGGGAAAAGGAAACAUGGCAGGCCACAGUGAACAAGAAAAUACUCUAAACCAGUUACUAGUUGAAAUGGACGGCUUCAACAGUAGCACCAAUGUGGUUAUUUUGGCUGGUACCAAUCGUGUCGAUGUCCUGGAUCCCGCCCUGGUGAGGCCGGGACGCUUUGAUCGACACAUAUACAUUGGUCCUCCAGAUAUAAGAGGCAGAGCUUCCAUCUUUAAGGUGCAUCUGAGACCUCUUAAAUUGGCACCUAGUAUAAUAGUCGAAACUUUAGCCAAAAAGUUGGCUGCAUUAACUCCAGGUUUUACUGGGGCAGACAUUGCAAAUGUCUGUAAUGAGGCCGCACUAAUAGCGGCACGCCAUCUACACCAGCAUAUCAACUCCAAGCACUUUGAACAGGCCAUCGACCGGGUCAUUGGAGGUCUAGAGAAAAAAUCUCAGGUAUUGCAGCUUCCAGAACGGACCACUGUGGCAUAUCACGAGGCCGGACAUGCUGUCUCUGGCUGGUUUCUAGAACAUGCAGACCCGCUUUUGAAGGUGUCUAUAGUUCCCAGAGGAAAGGGCCUGGGUUAUGCUCAGUAUCUACCUAAGGAGCAGCACCUCUUCACACAAGAGCAGCUCUUUGACAGAAUGUGCAUGAUGCUUGGGGGCCGUGUGGCUGAACAGGUUUUUUUUUGUCGGGUCACCACGGGAGCGCACGAUGACCUACGUAAGGUCACACAGUCUGCGUACGCACAGGUUGUGCAGUUUGGAAUGAGCGAGGCAGUGGGUCAGAUGUCUUUUGAGCUCCCCCAGCAGGGGGACAUGGUGACAGAGAAGCCCUUCAGUGAGCCUACAGCUCAACUCAUAGACCAGGAAGUCCGCCAGCUCAUUGACUCCGCCUUCCAGAGAACACUCCAGCUCCUCACUGAGAAAAAAGCCAUGGUGGACAAGGUGGCCAAACGUCUCUUAGAAAGAGACAUUCUAGAAAAGGCUGACAUGGUGGAGCUACUGGGGCCGCGUCCAUUUCGAGAGAAAUCCUCUUAUGAGGAGUUUGUGGAGGAGUUCAGGGAUCUGGAGGAAGACACCGCACUCCCUGAGGGGCUGAAGAACUGGAACAAACGGGACGAAAAACAACCGCAGCAGGAACAAAACCAAUCUGCUGUUUUCUUGAUGCAUUGUCAAGAAAGAUAAGCUUCUGGAUUUACAGAGAGGUGAACUGCCGCCUGUUUUUUUUGGUCAACACAAUGUGAUCAUGAUAUGUGCAAUUGUUUUGUUCUAGUCAAUAAUAGCCUAGAUAAGUUUCUAUUCAGCAGCCAUUUUGUAGCCUGAUGUCACUGCCAGUGAUUUCCACCUACAGUAUGUUCUACCAUUCAUUCAUUCGUUUACUUUAUUAGUCCCCGAGGGGAAAUUCAUAUUUUUAGCACAAUCCCAUUCAAGAGCAUACAUACAGUACAUUGCAGGGAGACAAAACAGGAACGCUGACGUGUUAGCCAACUUCUGGCGUCUCUUAAACAGGUGGGAAAAAAAUACACGCUGGGCUCCUGGGGAGGGGUUCAGACUGAGGCCAAGAAAAAAACUCAAUAGCCAUAAGCACACAUGAACAUGUUACAUAGAAUCCACAAAACUUGCAACAGAGGGGAGGGAGUGUGGGCUAGGGUGGCAGGCUUCUGCUAUCUAAAGCGCUGCUCAGCCGUCCAUCACCCCUAACUGAUUCAAGCAGUGGUGAAGGCGUGGGGUGGGAGGUAGGUGUGUGUGUGUGUGUGUGUGUGUGUGUGUGUGUGUGUGUGUGUGUGUGUGUGUGUGUGUGUGUGUGUGUGUGUGUGUGUGUGUGUGUGUGUGUGUGUGUGUGUGUGUGUGUGUGUGUGUGUGUGUGUGUGUGUGUGUGCGCGUGUGCGCGUGUGUGUGCGUGUGCAUGCAUGCAUAUGCCCAAGUGCAGUAAAUUAAUCACCAUGUAUGUAUUAGCGCAAUUAUAUAUCUGUCAUUUUAAAAAGCUAUAAUGUUCACACAUACUCAUUGCCUUAAAACACACACACACAAACAUUUCUGUGUACCAGAUGGAGACGAGUAGGACAAACAUGUGCAGACACACGGGUAUUUCUCAAAUCCACCGAAAACUACAAAUUGUAUCCACUAAACAAAAUUAAAGACAAAUCUUUAUAUUGAUAUGAUUGCUCCUUUUAAACAAAAGAAACUAAAUUAUAUGUAGUCAUAUAAAUAGUGUAAGUAAUAAAAGGCUAUUUAGUUUAAAUACAAGAAUAAGUUAUAUACCAUUUUUAUAUGAAAGGUAGCCUUAAAUGAUUUAUGUUGUUAUCUAGUGCUAUAUGGAAAAUAACAUUAAAAAAAACUUGACACCUUUUUAGUUGCUAAUUCAGGCACUUAUAAGGUUGUGUGUCUAUGAUAAGCUAAUCUUUCUGUUAACAUGUCUGACAAGGCAAUAGCUUUUUAACAAGGAAGCAUUUUAUGAAUUUAAAUCAUAUGUACUGUGGAAGGCUUAUAUUGGUGUGUGGAGUGUUUGAUGCAGUGCAAUAAUCUCACUACCUCACAGUCAAUGCUUAUAAAGACAAUUAUAUUUUCAUUUCUGCUCAAGUGUUACUUAGGCUCAGCUCACAUAGAUUUCUAUAUGAGCAAUAAGAGUUUUAAUGUUUGUACUGGCUUGUCAUGUCUGUGUUGAUCAUGUUUUUGUUUUGCUUGGUUUUUGGACACUUUUUAGUUCUUGUCUUCACUCCCUUGCUUUGUCACCAUAGUAACCAUUAGUUUCACCUGGUACACAUCCUCAUGUCACGCACUUGUCUCACGUUUUCACUAAUCAUGUCACUAGUAUUUAAGGCCAUUGUUGCCAGGCAGUCGGCCUGGCGACAUCACACUCCUGCCACACAUUCACACUCUGAUGAUCCAUGCUGCUCUUUUUCAUGUUUUUCUCAUGCCAAGUAAGUUUUGUUUAUUAAGACCACAGUUAGUGUUGUUGUUUCUUUGUUCAUAGUUUUUGUGCCCACGUGCAUGUCUUUUGUUUCUUAGUCAAGUUUGUAUUUCCGCCUUUGUGCGCGCCAUUUGUUUGCUUCCUUUUUUUUGUAGUUUAUUAGUGAUAAAAAAUAAAUCAUGUAUUUAAAUUCACGGCGUGAAUUUCACGCCUUGCCCGCACCAAUUUUCCUUUGCCUUCCGGAGAAGCAAACCCCAAGAAUCAAGUCAUGACAUGGCUGACAAAAUUCAGACAAGUGCCUAUUCAGUGUCGAUGAAAGUAUUUCUUUUUUUUUACCUUUUAUUACAUUAAUGUUGUUUUUUGUUUAAAAGUGUCACUUCUUGUUGAAUGCAGUAAGGUGUGAUGAAAAUGAACAAAACAAUUUCAAACUAUUGGUAUGCACAAAUAUUAAACAUGUUUUAUACCCAUUGGCCUGCAAUUUCUUUUAGUCGUGGUGUUGAAGGAUUAUUAAAAAUGAUAUGAAUGAUUAGGUAGUGUUGUCCUUUUAGGCUUUGCCAAAAUCUGAUAAUACAUUUCUGGAAUUAAAAAUAAAAUACACUUUUUUGUGGAACAAUAGAGAAUAAGUUGAGAAAGAGACUAAGAUGGACAAGCACUUCAAAACAAACAAAAACAUCCAACAACAACAGCACUAAUUUGGAAAAUGGAUACAAAAUGUUAAUAAUAGUAGCUGCAACAUAAAUAGGACUAAUCUUGAGGAAUUCAUCUCCAUUUAAA